AUGGGUAACAAAACAACUACUGCUACUGCCUCAAACACGUCGACCGAGCAGGUCGUUACGGCUUUGGUCAGUAACGGUGCUAUCUUUCUUGCUUUCAUCAUAGCCUUCAUACUGCUACGUAUGAAAUUGAAAAGGAUAUACGAACCCAAAUCCUCAUUCAACCUUAUCAAUGAAGAGAAGAAGCCAGAACCUUUGCCAAAGGGUUUGUGGCAAUGGAUCAAGCCACUAUUGAAAAAAUCGGACAAUUUUAUCAUCCAGCAAGCCGGUCUGGACGGUUAUUUCUUUUUGAGGUACCUUUUCAUUCUUUCCGUUUAUUGUGCUGUAUCCCUGCUUUAUAUCUUUCCCAUUUUAUUGGCUCUCAACGCAGCUGGUGGAGGUAAUCUUCAAACCGGAAUGAAUCGAUUGGCUUAUCAGAACGUUAAGCACCGUGGUAGAUAUUUUGGCCAUGUUUUUUGCGGAUGGAUUUUCUUUUGGGGGUUUCUUUACAUUGUAUAUAGAGAGUUGUACUUUUACACUUCUAUGAGACAGGCUGUAUUGGCUUCUCCUCGUUAUGCUAGAAAACUGGCCUCCAGAACCGUACUUUUCCAAACUGUUCCUAAGCAAUACUUGAGUGAAGAAGAAUUUUCCAAGUUGUUUGAUGGUGUUAAGAGGGUCUGGAUCGCCAGAGGUUCCGGUGAGAUCGAAGCUAUGGUCAAGAAGAGAGACGGUAUGGCUUUACAGUUGGAGGGUGCUAUAAUUAGCUACAUGAAAUCUGCAUUGAAAGAAAUCAAGAAGUUGAACAAAAAGAGUCCUCAAAUGUCCGUGUCUAGUAAUAUUGCUGAUUAUGUUCCUGAUAAGAAAAGACCACACCAUAAAAUUAACAAGUUUGCCAAAUUCUUCUUUGGUAAAAAAGUUGAUACCAUAACCUACAUUAAAGAGGAGCUACCAAAAUUGAACGCACAAGUAAAGGAAUUACAAGCGGAUCAUGAAAGCGCUUCCCCUUUCAAUUCCGUUUUCGUGGAGUUUGAAUCCCAAUAUCAGGCUCAAGUCGCCUCUCAGAUUACCACGUACCACGCUCCUCUUUUCAUGACCCCAGCACACGUUGGUAUUGAACCAUCCAAUAUUGUUUGGUUUAAUAUGAGAAUGUUCUGGUGGGAAAGACUAGGCAGAAAAGUUACUUCUGUUUCGGCGAUUGUCGCAUUAGUUAUAUUAUGGGCAACUCCGGUGGCCUUUGUUGGUUCAAUUUCCAAUAUCACGGCUUUGACCAAAGAACUUCCAUGGUUAAAUUUCAUUUAUAGACUACCAGACCAUCUAAUGGGUCUAUUGACAUCUCUGGCACCAACCGUGGCAUUAGCACUGUUGAUGAGUUUAUUGCCAGUGUUUAUUAGACAUAUGGCUGUUGCGCAAGGUGCUCCCUCUAAGCAAAUUGUAGAACAUUUCACUCAACAAGCUUAUUUUGCUUUUCAAGUCAUUCAAGUGUUUUUAGUUGUUACAAUAUCGUCUGCUGCUACAUCCACAGUAAGUGCGAUUAUAGAAGAUCCUUCAAAGGCCAUGAAUUUAUUGGCUUCAAAUUUACCAAAAGCUUCUAAUUUCUUCAUCUCCUACGUUAUUUUACAAGGUUUCUCCGUUUCAUCAGGUGCUCUUUUGCAAAUCGUCCCAUUAAUUAUUUUCUAUCUCUUGGGCGCUCUUUUAGAUGGCACCGUCAGGAAGAAGUGGAAUCGUUUUUCUGGUUUAUCAAGUAUGCAAUGGGGAACAACUUUUCCAGUUUUUACAAAUAUGGCAGUCAUCAUUUUUUCUUACGCCAUCAUUUCUCCACUGAUUCUAUUAUUUGGCGCAGUUGCAUUCUUCCUAUUGUAUGUCGCAUAUUUAUAUAAUUUGACUUAUGUCUAUCAGGAGUCACCAGAUGGGAGAGGUAUUUACUACCCAAGGGCUCUAUUCCAAUCUUUAGUCGGGGUAUACAUCGGUCAAGUUUGUUUGCUGGGUCUUUUUGUUGUUGGUAAAGGUUAUGGUCCUAUCAUUUUACAAAUCAUUGGAAUUUGUGUCACAGUCUUCGUUCAUCUGCAUUUGAACAUUGCAUUUGAUCAUCUAUCGAAAGUUGUACCUGUGGAUACAAUGAAACCGCUAGACGGUAUAUUAGAUACUCCUUCCUUCAAAAAUAUCUACCGAGGAGUAGGACAGGGCAAAGAAAAGAAGAACAAUUUUGGUGCUAACAUCAAUAUGGAUGGAAUCAGAGAAUUGCCUGAGUUUCCAAUCAAGAAAUAUCACAAGAAGACUGAUUCCGUUAUUGAACAACAAGUGGAUAACAGCUUAUUUAGCGAAAACACAUUUGAGUAUCAAUUUAACCCAACCUAUGAUGCGAAUGCAAAUGGGCACGUUAGAAAUACUGAAAACACAAUUGAAGAUGUUCCGUUAUUAGCAGAUGGUGACACAAUGAAGAUCCCUCCUGCACCGUGGUGGAAGAGAUUCUUGAAACCUCACGUCUAUUAUUCUUAUAAGGCUGUGAAAAGCAGACUGCCUGAAGUUUAUGGUUUGGUCGAUCCUACUGAAAAAGUUAAUGAGUUUGAUAUUGCACAUGCUUAUGACUAUCCAGCCGUUAGCGCAGAAUGUCCACUAUUAUGGAUCCCUCAAGAUCCUUAUGGGUUUUCUAAGGCAUUGAUUGCCGAUGUUGCCGGCGUUGUCGAUAUGUCUGAUAAAAACGCUACGAUCGAUAAAGACUCAAAGUUUGAAUUACAAGACAUGCCACCUUCUUACGAAGACAUCAAAAGUGAAAAUGCAAAUGAUACAAUAGAUCCAAAGGAAGAUUAUGAAACCACUAGCCAGGAAAAUAAUCCAUUCGCAGAUCCGAACUAUAAAGGAGAAGAAAACCGUCCGACAGUUUAG